GCGGUGUACACGGCGGAUAAGGAGUGGAAAGAUAGAGAAGAAGAGUAGAAUGUGUGACUAAGAAAGUAGUAAAGAAAAACUUUGAAAAAAAGGAAGGACAGUAAACGUCGGUAGGCCUUUAUUGAAAGCCGAGGGAACUCGCUCCAAUGUUUUCAUUUUUCAACGAUCGAAGAAGAAGAUGAAGAAGACUUCGGCUCUAAGGAGACAGUUGCCUUACAACUGAAUCUAUCAGGGCCAACAAGACUACCUCCAACCUUCCCCGCUCCACAAAUCCCUAUCCCCUCGCUCUCUCGCUAACCUCGUUGAAAGGUGCAUCAAAAUCGUUACUCCCAUCGCCUCCUCUCACUCCCAGUUCCAAAUACUUCAUCUCGACUUCGCUAGAUGACGAUGCCUUCGUGUGUAACUCGAGCUACUAUGCUUCAUAACUGGAGACAACCCAAGCACUUCUUUCUCCUGAACCUGAAGUCGUUGAAGAUAUUCUUAUUCCCACAGUCCUGCUCAUUAACAUAGACUCAAGGAUAAUAGAGGUGUGAAUUGGGUGUGAAUGUGAGGUGUCUGAUUGAGGCUGAAAAUUCGGAAAAAUGGCAUCUAUGAGUGCCGUCGAGGAGCAAAAUGAGGCUCUUAAGAGGGAACUCGCAGAGCUCACCGACAAAUUGGCGGCCCAGCAGUCGUCAGGGCAACACCAAUAUGACGAAAUUUCGCAGCUGAAGGCGAAAAUUGUCACACUCCAAAAAGGAGUGGACGCGGAGCUCGGCAAAAGGGAACAAAUCGAAGCGCAAAAUAUCAUUCUUGGGCUGCAGUUGGUAAGCUUUUUUUGUUUUGGUUUUUUUGAAUCUAGAUUUAGUGGUAGUAACUACAAUGUAUAAGUAUAUCUAUAUGUUAGGCAAAUUUGAAACCAAAACUUCAAAAUUGAUGAGCAUAUAAAUGUCGAUUCUGUUAGAACAAGAACUUGAAGAUUUUGAAGAAAACGGAUAUCCAUACUAGGGUCAUUCUCGGGCCAUGAAUGAUAAAUUUAAUCUUGUUGGUUCAAAAAUAUUUUACAGAAAGAAGCCCACGACACGGGAAAAUCAGGGAAGCAGAAAAAGCAGGUCAAGAGGCCAGAAGAAGAGGGGCCACCAGAGGCUGCCAAAGCGGCAACAAAGAUCAUCAGAACAGUAAAACUUUACUUUACUUUUAUAUGAGAGUAGGCACGUAUUUAUUAUUUGGUUUUGGGGUGCGUCGCUUCGCUUUCUAUCAUCCUCUUAUCUGUUGGUUUUUCAUCUCGAGUUUUACAGAAACAUGAUUUUCAGAAUAGCACGCCAUGAAAUUCCCUACUUCAUCAAAGCAAACACAGCGCAGGUAGACCAAUGGCUACGACAGCGAGAUCUCGAGCAAGCUUUACUCCGAGGCAGUGCGAUAUCCGACAUCGGCUUUUCGACUUUGGUACUUGUGAGUUUUAUUGUUCCGCAGCGGAUGGAGAUGACGUAUCUAUCAUAAUGUGAGGCUGCCUUCUAGAUAGAGACUUUCCGGGGGGCCAUGUUUAACUUUCCGUUGACUAUCGUCGACACGUUUUUCCGAUGACCAUUGCUACCCCUCUGUCCAUCAUCUCUACCUCUUCAUCGGCCAUGCCUAGCUUUCUUUCCACAAACCACUCUAGGCUCAAGUUCUGAUCGAUUGCCCAUCACUGCAUACGCUCGAUCUGUCGAAGAAUCAGCUUACGAUGGAUUCUUGCUCGGAUAUUUGUCAAAUUAUCACGACGGCUCCGACGAUCAGCUACAUAUCACUGGAGGCGAACCUGUUUUCCCUGCGAUCGAUUGGUUACUUCAUGACCGCGAUCAUGGAAAGGCAGAACAACAAGAGGUAGUCAAUUAGGCCAUAACGAGUUACAUUCUGAGCCCCAAUAACUAUAGUAUACUGAUUUCAACAUCCUGAUUUGUUUUCUUCUACGCCGAUCAUUCAUCCCGGCAUUAAGCAGUCUGAUUCCGAAUGCAUGGGGAAUGGUUCUGACGUCAGAUUUUGUCUUUUCCCUCUCUGUGUACGUGUAGUGUGACAGUCCGUCUUUAUUUCAACGAAAUCUUCUCGUUCUAGCUAGCUUUUUAAUCGAAUGCUUUGCUUGCGCCUACAUCUACUCCACCUCCACUACUGCACCAGCUUGACACCGCUAGCGAUUCUGCACAUGCAAGAUAACGACGGAAUUAUCCAGGCAAUAGAGGGAGAUAUCCAGCCAACCAGUGCAGAUGUAUUAUUGAGGAUAUUUCUAUCUCAAGCAGUGUUACUUCUAAAUGUCGAUGUUUUCGUGCUGAUAGUGAUUGUCUCCUAUCUGCUACAGCAUUAGUCGUGGGAUAUUAGCUCCUGGAUAGAUUCAGGAACCAACACCAAGUCUCGAUCUUAAUCUUAAACAUUAUAUAUCAUGAAGCAUCUCGAUGAUUUUAAGACACCACGUCACAUCACAGCUGAAGACAUGGCCGAAGUUAGCGACGUUUCCGAAUCCGGCACCGGUGAUUCUGCUGGCGUUGAGCAAAGCUUUAUGGAAAUUCCUCCACGAUACAGGGCACCCGCAAGUCAAGAGCACAAAGGUGGAUCAGGUAUUGGGGAAUAGGUUGACUAUUCUAUGAAUAUGCAUUAACUACAGACCGGUGGGUGAAGAUGAGUACACUUAUGAUAGUAAUAGUAUCUGUAUUUCUACGCAUUUGAAGAUGGGGCACUGAGGUUGCUGUUGUAGGAUGUGAUGAUACUGAAAUGAAUCCUGUCUCGUUUUUCAAUGCAGUGAAGUCCUUACAACGCCAUGGAGGUAUCACUCACACUCAACUAUAUAAUAACAGGUAAAGUGGAACCGAAUGGACCCACACACAAUCAAGAAAAUGCAGUCAGCACUAAGCAAAAUUCUCCUUAUCAGCGAGGACGAUGUUUCGGACAAGAAAAAACCAGGUUUAAUUUUUUACAACUAGUAUGUAAAUGUAGAUGUAGACUUCACAUUGUAGUUUCUUUGUCGGAAUAUCUACCGUGGCGAUUCCACUUUCCUGGGUUAGUUGAACUUUUGCUGGUCACGUCGAAACUCAGCAAGAGGAAAUAUCCACACUUUGACUCUUUUAUCAACGUAGACUUGCAAUGCGCCUUUCUUUGUCACUCUUUCAAUUGACUUGUAGCUACCUUGACCGCUGACCAAGCGAUUUAUUUGCCGAGCGACGACGUUGGUGCAGAAGUUGAGAAGAAGAAAGAGGAGAAGGCAGCAGAGUCGAAGCAUGAGGAAGCAGCGCUGGAAACCAAAAAGGAGGAAAACAAAGCUAGUGGCGCGGCGGCGGUGUUAAAGGGUUCGAAGACCUCAGAGGGGCCAAAAGCGGAGUCAAAAAGCACAACGCAGAAGACAGGACCAAUCGUGGUAGCGGAACCAAGAGAAAAAUGCCAUACCUUCAAUCUCAAGCAAAUACUCACGAAGAAUGGUAUUAGCCACAUUUUUUUUUUGAUAGAAGAUACUUUGCUUUUUACUAAAAAACAUUAUAUAUACUGUCGUACUACUCUGGGUAAGUUCUUAUACGAAACAGCUAGAUGAUGUACAUCAUGUAGAUGCGAAGGUGACUGAAAAUCGAAAUUCUCAUCUUUUCAUCUCCUCGUGAGAACCUGCUUCUCUCUCUUCUCAAGUAUGAGACCGCAUCAACGACCUAUCAAACAGGUACUAUUCUGAUGAAUAUGCUCGAACGCAUGCUGGAUUCAACGUCUAUUGAUGCGCGGGAUAUAGAGACGGAGAGGACGCUCCUCGAGCAUGCGUGCCACACGGGUAAUUUGGCACUAGCGAAGUUGUGCUACAGGAGAGGCGCGAACCUCAAUCAGAAAAGUCUAUCUGGCGAUAUCCCAUUUACAAUUUCGACAAAGAACAAGAGGUAUUGCCUAGACUUUGCGUUUGCUAUGUUUUGCAUUGAUUAUCUGUUUAUUCCUUUUGACCAAUAUUUCAUUACAACCCGCUUACCGUUACUGGAACUUGUGAUGACUCAAGAAACACUAGGUCUUCACCUCUCGCUCUCCUUCUGAAAUUUUUUUUCUUAUCGUGCUACUGAACUCACCCCUAUCAGGUACGAUAUCAUGGAGUUCUUGCAUCUCUACGGGGUUAGCGUAAAUUCAGCAGACAACAACGGCUGCACAGCGAUGCACGUACUAUUGACCUAGAUUUUUUCAUGACAGAUAUUCGAUAUUUGAGAGUUCGAAAGAGGUCAACAACAACAUAGAGCGGCAGCAUGGGUUACAGAUUCUUGCAUGAACUGUAUUGAGGAAAAAUACCUUCAACGUCACGAGUCUUUCCAACAAACACGGCGCAGGUAGCAACAGCAAACAACGACGUCGAUGCAGUUUGCAGGCUGGUAGAGUGGGGAGCGGAUGUCAAUCUCCAGGACCGAGUGGGUAGAACCCCACUGCACUUCGCAGCAAUCGGUGGCCACAGCGAAGUAUGCAUGCUACUCCUCGAGCUCGCAGCAGACCUCAACGCAAGAGACGCAAAAGAGUACCAUCAACCUAUUAUAGCAAUAGCGAACUACUUUUUCCUAAAAACUCAGCUUAAAGGUCUCUGUGGAUCAUCAUGAUGUUGCUACAUAACUACGAAAGAGACUGAGACCAGCUGUAGAAGUUCUUUCUCCGUCAUUCUGACCCAGGUACACCGCGGUGGCACACGCUGAGAAUAACGAUCACUUCCAAUUGAUGGAUCGAUUAGUUGCGCUAGGUGGUAAGGGGCACGGCCUCCAGAAGGGCGCCGCAAGCGCAGACGCCAAGCCACUGGGCUUCACCAGUGUCAGUGCAGGAGAACUGAAGGCUUCGGCACUAGGACGCCUGGCCAAGUGGAAGCUCGACUACAAAGACUAAAUAUAUUUUGGUCUACUGGUUAUCGUUAUAGUGGUGUGAAGGGAAGAAGUACUAGUACUACAGAGAAGGUCUACGCGAAUACUAGUAGUACUGCUAUAGAGAAGAUAUUGGUAGUGCAUCUAGACUGGUGAGGAGAGUCGGACUGCGCGAAAUGCAUCUUUUUUACGAAGGAGUAAGGACGUACUAAGACGAUAGUCUCUGAUCGCCUUCAACAUCACCACCACGACAAGGAGGAUUGAAAAAGCACAUCAAUUUACUGUACAUGUACUGACAAGGACUGCGUCUUCAAUUUUACAAGAAAUGACUCAACACCAUCAAACAAGACGAAUUGCACUGAAAAUAGAAUCUACACGCAAGGCCACUACUUGCUACAUCAACUGCUGAAGACGCAAGUCUACUAGAUCUACGGGGAAUAGUCAUACUACAGUGCGGUUGAAGCAGUCUCGGAGGUGCCAGUCCAACCAUCGCUGCUUUACUAGAAUGAAGACAUGCCUGACACCAGAGGCUGCGACGCUGAGCUGCAGCCGCACUAGAUUUAUAGAUGAUUGAACAUUGGAACAAGGUUUAGUUGUACAUUUUGAUCAGGGUUUGACUUACUUACUUACAACUAAUGAAUAUACAAUGCUUACAAAGAACUACCAGCUAUUGCGCGAAAUCAACGGCUCUACUUUCUUUCUUCGUGUUUGACUUUUGAUUGAUUCAGGGAUAUUGAAAAUCUGUUGCUGUACAGCUACAGAUGAUCUAUGUAACUAAUUAUUUGCCUCAGGGACUGACGUUGAAAAACAACUAUUGAUUAUUACGCAUAUUUGAUUCCAGGGACCUACGAACGAACACUCACAAAUUUCAGCGAACAACACACUACCAGAACCAGAGCUUGUUGUAAAAUAGAAAUUAAUGAACACCAGAACAAUGCACAUGCGAAAAAAUAGCUCGAUAACCACGCAAAUCAACGCAACGCGCAGGACAAAGAAUCUGAACUUGGUAUUUAUGUAAUCAGAAAAACCUGAGGAUAGUGUCUGAAAAAAGAGGCACAACUUUUCAAAAUUGAAAAACAAACUAGUGUGAAAAGAGUUGUAGGCGGAUGAAAAUGGUCUGAGCUGGCAACUGAGUCAGAUAAGGUUAAGAUCGCCGAGUGCUGAUGACAUAAGAUUAUGAUGGCAAAAUCGCUUAGUGCCGGUCGACGAACGACGCCCUUCC